GCUGUAUGGGACCAUACGUUUACUCCUACUCGGACUGCCUCGCUCUCUGCUAGUCCCUUGUGUGUUUUCUGGAUGCUACUUUGGGAGUUUUACUCACCACAAAAACAUGGAGAAAUCUGAGUAUUUAACUCUUUCCAGGAGUAAAGGAGCUGCCACUAGCUUGGACUCGGAGAACAAGAGAACGGCCCACUUCAAAUCGUCAUGGCAACAGCAUGUAAAUGUGUUCAGCUCCUCGAGUAGGCCAGCGUGUGUGGAAGAGCUGCACCAGGAAGCCCAACUCAAUCUGCAGAGCUUGCUGCAAGAUGACUUUGAAGAGCAGCAUUCGGACUGUAGAGUAGCAGGGCAGACUUUCCGCUGCAGCUCCUCUCUCCACUCAGGGGACACUCCGGACCUCGUACACAGACAGACCGCCAGCAAGAGGACUGACUUUGUCUUUCUGCCAGCAACGAAACAGGUGUGUGAGGAUGAGACGACCACUGUAGGUAUCCGACUACAGGACUCACCGCUGAACUUACCCAACAGUCUAGAAAAAAAUACCAGCUGGAAUAGAGCAUUCCUGCUGCCAACGCCAGAGAAAACGAGGUGGCGUCUGGGGCGAUCAGUUCAGGCUCAUGUUAUCCCUAUCAAUGUUUCUGGUCAGACCCUUGAUAAACAUGCCAGUUUGCACCACUCCCUUUUUAAUGCUGAGACAGCAGUGAACCCAAAGUCGACCCUGAGAAGGAGAAGAACCAUAAUUGGCAUGCCUGAGCUCUCCCUGGAGGACAAAGGUGAUGAUCAUUUAGAUGAUGAACAAUCUGCUAGUAUCAACCUUACUCAAGGAUCCUACUCUCCAGAAGGUACAAGUGGCAGACAUUCUGCAGCUGCUGUAGAUUCAACUAAUCACUUUUCACUAUUAAGAAAGACUUCUAGUGAUCUGGGCCAAAUCUUGUCAAGGUCUCCUGGUAAUUCAAGCAGGAUGGAUCACACUGCCAUUAUGUGUGCCAGUCCUAGAUGGAAUGGACCAAAGGAUUCUACAUUCUCUCCCUCCUGGAAUAACUCAUUUAGUUACAUGUUGCCAGCAAGUCCGGUAGCAAGGCAGCCUUGGCAGUCUGAGAGCUUUCUCAAAUGCACGUCCCAAGGCAACUCAGGACUUUCAAUGAGUUCAGGAUCAUGCUCAAAUUCCUUCACAUCUGUUUCUGUGGAACCAACAGAAAGAACUCACAAUGUGAGCGGAAAAAAUGAAAUAGAAGCAACAGCUGUAAGCCCAGGUCAUGGGACGCAAACUCAGGCAGAUGCCUUCAAGUUUCGGGAAAGAUCUUUAUCAACCCCUACAGAUUCAGGCUCUUUUUGUUCAGCAGAAAACAUCUGCUUUGACCACAGGAAGGAGAGUGACAAUUACGCCAUGAACUAUCCCAGUGCGAGCUCUGAGGACAGUGCAAGCGCCGACAAUGUGUCCAUUACAGCCAGCCAAAAUGGUCGCCCAAGGCAAAGGUCAAGGAGUAUUUCCCUCAAGAAGCCAAAGAAGAAGCCUGACCCACCUGUGCGGAACAUCUCUUUGAAGAAAGAUGAAGGGGUGCAGAAAGCAGAGGUCAUUGCCUUGACCAAAAGUGAGAGGCCAAAGAGCCUUUUCAUUCCCAGAAACCAGAAUAUCAUACAGAACUCAUUCCUGUCAGGGCCCGAUAACGUCAAUUCCAAGGUACAUGGAGAUGAAAGAGGACUGCAGAUCUUGAUAACAGAAACACCAUCCAUAGGAAGAGAGGGUGAUACGAGUUACCCUAACCACUGGUACCUGAAUGACUGGAAGUCUAAUGAUCCAUAUAGGUCACUGUCAAACUCCAGCACUGCCACGGGUACAACUGUAAUUGAGUGCAUGAAAGUAUGUGGCAGCUCUGAUUCCCUCACUUCUCUGACCACCUCUCGAGCUACCUCCCCUUCCCAGCUAUCUGCGGAAGCUGAAUCCAGAAUUUCUCCUUUGAAGCCUCCAGGUUUCAUGUCCCCCUCAAGUGGAUAUUCUAGCCAAUCUGAAACUCCAACCCCAACCAUUCCGAUAUCAUUGAUCACCGGCCCUUCCCCACAAGGCUGUAGGAUGAGGCCCAAGGUCCCUGUAAGGAAAUCCUCACUUCCAGCUGUUUCUCCAAGAGAGAAAAGCCCUCGUUCAAGGCUGUCCUUUGAGCUGCCAAUUACACCACCCUCUCACUUGGAUCUCUCAGGGACUACAGUGUCCAACAAAGGCAAACCCAAAGCUAGUAGACGCCAUUCAGAUUCCUCCACAAAUGGUAAACCUGUACAGAAGCUUAGUCCCAACCAAGCAGCCAUGCCCAUAGUGACCCAGUCAGAUCUGAGGUCUAUUCGUCUACGUUCAGUCAGCAAGUCUGAACCAGAAGAUAAUGCAGGUGGUUCUUCUGAUAUCAUAGAAGAAAAACAAAGAAGCGAGGCAUUUGUAACACCACAGAAGAAAGUCAAGCCACCUGUCGCAGAGAAGCCACCUCUGCCCAAAAGGCCUGGGAAUCUGAUGCUAAAAUUCGCCUCAGCCUUCCAUCUUGCUUUGGAAUCACCACCACUGUCUCCAAAAGAAAAGGGAUCACCUGCAGACAAUAUCGUCGAAAAGCCUCAAAACAGAAAGCCCCAAUCAAUGGAAAGUCCAAGCAGUGUUCACGUGUCUCCUCCCCAGCAGAUAACCAAUCUUGAUAGAGUUAUGGACUCUGUAAAACGUCUCUCUCAGGGCAGUCAAGAGGGAGAUGACCAGAGUAAAACCCUGCCUAACAGAAUAACUGUCCAAAGUCUGGCUGAUAUGGAGAAGAAGAGAAGCAAGAUACCUCCACCAGUUCCCAAGAAGCCCAAUAUAUUACUCUUGCCAACCAAUUCACUUAAUGUUAAUGAGGCAACAGACAGGCCUGUUAUCACUUUGAAUACCAGUCACUCAAGCAGCACGGGAUCACUAAUGGCUGAAGUUGUUCCUAGACAUGCAGAAAACCAGGUCAAACUCAUUGCACUUAGCAUCACAGAAUGCAACCAAGAUCCAGAUGUUGAAACUUCCCUUGCUGGUACUCCUACAGGCAGGAGUAUUGAAGACAUCAGCCCUGAUAAAACUCCAUUAAGCCUUACUGAGGAUGAAGAUGAUGUGUUUGUUCAAACAACAACGACCCAUACUACUGAGGACCUUUUCACUCUAAUUCACAGGUCUAAAAGGAAAGUUCUCGGAAGGGUAGAACCUGGGGACACUUUUGGCAGCAGACAAAGCUUGGUGUCUCCAAUCAAGAGCAACUCCCCAGCCAUCUCCACUGCUGAGCAAAAGGCAGCAUCUCCGGUCAGCAGCAGCAGCAUGCCGAGGUCAAGAUCCAGGAAUGAGAACUUCAUUGCCCUGCUUCAGAAGAAAGGCAGCAGGCCCAGCCCAGGAACAAGAGUGUCUGCCAUGGAGCUUCUCAAGAGCACCAACCCACUGGCUCGCAGGGUCACUGAGUUUUCACAGGCAGAGUUUGAAACAACAAAAAACUCCAAGUAAUUCGAACCACUGCCCCAGACUGUACCCAAAGUAUUAAAAAAAGCACUUAGAAUUUCUUUAACAACAGUGGAUGCAUCCCUGCGUUUGAAAACCUUUUUUUCUUCAAACAGGGCAAUUGAGAAAAAAUAACCAUCUGGUCAGUACUGUACAUAUCUUCAAAUAGUGUUGAUUAUAUAAAGUUUUAUAUAAAGUUUUGUGAUGAAGGCUUGCUGAGAUGUAUGUAUUUGAGAUUAAGUAACGCGCCAGUUUGUAGUCAAAGAGACGGUUUACAAAUUGCAAUGUAAAACAGUUGAAACAGCUACUCUGGACAAGAGCUCCACACUGCCUAUACUCCUAUAAUACAGCAAUCAGAGAGACGGUUUGCAUCUACACAUCACUUACACAGCAAUGAAAGCAGGAACAGUGAAAGUAAUACGAAGUAAUAACAUAUAUUUUGAAGCAAUGGUUAUCACUGCGUAAAUAUUGAUACACCAAUGGGUUCGUCCUUAGCCAUUCAGCCGUUCUCAAUUAAACUUGUGAUUGGCUGCUGAGUACAAUGUAGGUAUUCAAAGGAUAGUAGUCUUUCAGCACAAAUCAGUACAAAAGAAUAAGUGACUUAUAUUCUUCCCACCAAGUUUAAUCCACAUUCCUUGGAAGGUUCAUGAAGACUUUGAAGAAGUUCUACACCUCAUUAUUGGUGGUUUUUUUUUAUUCUUUAACAGAUACAACGCAGCACCAAUGGAUUGUGCUCUAAAAGACGCUCUUCAUUCAAUCAUAAAUCUGUCUAAUGCAUUUCAGUUCUUUUAAAAUUGUAUCAGAUCGAUAACCUUUGCCAGAUUUCUUCACGAAAAAGAAAUAGCUGAUCAAGAUAUCUAAAAGGCACCUUUUUAAAGCAAAAUUCCAGAAAUACUUUUCUAUUUACAGAUUAAAAAUGUCCAUACCUUAGAAGGUAUUUUAGCUUGGAUUGUAUCAACUGUUCAGGUAUGCAGUGAUCAAAAUGUGAAGCUUGUUGUGUUAAAUUGUUAGUGAAUGAUUAAAUGUGCUUGUUUGCCUUGUA